UGACUUCAGUAGCUCUCACCCAACAAUCCGAAUCAAGGCCCAAGCGAACCAAGGCCUACUCAAGAUCCAGGACAGGAUGCCGCACCUGUCGGUAUGAUUGUCGCUCGGUACUCGGCCCAUACGAUGAACUAACCACCUUUCGUGUCCAGCAUCCGCCGGAUCAAAUGUGAUGAGACCCCAGACGCAUGUAAGAAUUGUACCACCACUGGCAGGGUCUGCGAUGGAUACGACAUGCAUCGGUUACGGCCAAUCAAACGGACCAGCCCUGAGGCCGUUUGGCAUGUCAUGCCGGCCCUUGUAAAUGGCUUUUACUGGACCAUGACCUCGGACGAACAACGCUGCUAUUCCUACUAUCGAUUUGGCGUGGUGCCUGCUUUCGUGGGCUCCUUUAGCUCCCCAUUGUGGGAAAACUUGGUUUUCCAAAUGAGUUACGCAGAACCGGCCGUUUACCAUGCGGUGAUCGGCCUCAGCGCCGUUCAGCGGGCAUCGGAGGAUCAUACACCAUCGACUCCAAAAGGAAACUGGAACCGAUUUGCACUAGAACAGUUGGGUCGGUCUUUUGCACUACUCAGACGUCGCAGCACCUCCCAAGACCCUCAACUGCCAAUGGUCACUCUGACCUGCUGUUUGCUUUUUGUUGCCCUGGAAUUACUACAGGGCCAGUAUGAAGUCUCCUUUACACAUCUACGGAACGGCCUGGACAUCAUCAAGAGGCUCAAGGCGCAUCAGCAGCUUGUUCCAGGGGCGUUUGACAAGUCUCCGGUGGAACAAUGCUUGGUGGCUGCUUUUGCGCACAUGGAUAAUCAGGUCGCCUAUUUUAGAACAGGCGAGCCAACCCUAGAACUGGAUGACUGGCUGGAGGGCUAUUUGGCCAACAAGGUGGCAUUCAGAAGUUUAGGGGAGGUGCGCCAGACUCUCGAGCCCCUCCUGGGCACUAUUGUCCGAUUUGUGACCCGGUCCGCCAUGGACACUACCUCGGACCAUAAUAGCGUACUCCUGCCCAAGCAGAGGCAUCUGAUGUCCCAAUUAAAUGUCUUUGCCCGGUUAUUCGACUCCUUCCGCAAGACCUCAUACGCGACACUCAAUCCAUUCCAGCAAAUAGGAACCGACCUCUUAUUGUUAAGACAGCGCACUCUAUUCCUGACCCUCGAAACGUGUCUCCUACCCUCGGACGAUCUCUCCUCUGACAAAUACAACCCACAAUACAAAGACAUCGUCUCAACUGCCGAAAUCCUCAUGCGCAAAACCAUCAGCGACGCCAGCCUCAGCGUCGACAUUGGCCUCAUCCCCCCACUCUGUCUCGUCGCUCUCAACUGCCAGGACCCAACCCUCCGCUGGCGCGCCAUCCACGCAGUGCGUUCCUGGCCCUAUCGCGACGGACCAUGGGACUCCUGUCGCUUAGCGCGCAUCACAGUGGAGACCAUCAAAAUCCACUCCUAUUCCCGGGAGAACUGGCACGAGAAUCAAGAUAGACCAACCCUCUCACCAAACGGACUGCUUCCGCGCAAUAAUUGGGUCGUGAUCUCCCCAGAUCAUCGUCACGGGUGUAUACCCUACACAGUCGCAGGAGUCCGAAAGUUCUGGUGGUUUAGUUUCCACGAUGAGGACUUGAACUCUUCGACUGGUUUGGUGCUUCGUGAUGUUACCGGCUGGACCCCUAUCAUCGCUAGUGGACUUGAUUUUCGACCGCCGGGUCAUCGUUCAGGAGAUGUAGAAAAUGUCUGAAGUGCCCCCGUACACGAAAUACUAACCCGCUUACCCUCUGCAUACACCUCUGGGACAUCACUGCAUCCAAAUGGUCAUACAAACGGGCAUUGGGGGCUACUACCUAUAUAAACUCUCCCAAUAGAACGAAAGAAAUAAUGACAAUGUGAAGAGUGCGAUCGAUCGAGGACCUACACUCUGGUCGAGAUAAUCCAUAGACAAAAUUGUGUACCUGCAAAAAGCGGGAGAUCUGCAUCCUGAGGGAACAGAGAUCCGCAGUGAGCAGGGGAGACCAAAGCAAGGCACGGGGUCAGUCUUGGCAUGGCUUUCCUUAAUCUCGAUUCUGAAU